CCUAAUCUUCAGGUCAGUCUUUUCGCACUUCCUCUGCAAUUGCCGAAAUUGCCUUGCCUGCCGUCCCUAUUUCCUUCUCCCGAAUCUCCCCUUAAUUGCUUAACCCUAAUCCCUUCUCCAAAGUCCAAACUCCAAACUCUGAGUCCAGUCCUGAGCCAUGCCUUCAGGCAUCGAGUAGAGGCUGAGCGAACUAAGAGAAGGGGCGAAGCGAACUAAGGCACCGAGUUCCCUUCAGAUGAAGCAAGAAGGUGCGAAGGGGCUGAUUCUGACGUAUAAUUUUUGAUUGAGGGCAGAAAGGAGAGCUAGACUGAAAGGAGUGACUUCUAACGAGUGACUUCUAAACCCUACCUCCGUUACUCUCAAUCUCUCACUCGUCGCCGACGCCGUUGCUCGCCGCAUCUGUCAGCCUCCAUCGCCAUCGCUUUUCUGGUUACUGAUCCUCUGCAAAACCAAAAUCCAAAACCCCAGAAAAGAAUGUAUCACUUUUUAGCCUCGGUGGUAGCAAGACUGGAGCCGUGUUUCGCGAGAAGAGAUUGGGUUGUAAUAUUUAGUUCGGGGCUCGCUUCUUUUUUCUGUAAACAAGCAGAUAUAGAUUUUGAACAAUACGAAAACAGGCUUCUCGAGAGGGAAACUGAGGACAAAGCUGAUAUAGAUUCUCACUUCAAUCUGCUGCUCGAGAAAAGAUUCCAGCCUCGUAUCCAUCCCACAGAGGAGGGGGUUAAGACCCCAUGUUUAAGAGAUCUUUUUAAAGAUCUGGUGAGUAAUGCAGAAAUAAGUGAGGAUGGACUGUCUAAGAUUCUACCACGCUACGGGGUGAAUAAAUUCACCCCACAUUCUGGUGAUGUGUUUGAUCCAAACAAACACAAGCUUGCUUUCUUUGUUCCUGAUCCAAAUCGGGAACCCGGACUAGUAGCAGUAGUGAAGCGGGAUGGAUACGUUUAUGGCGAUGAGGUUAUCAGGCAGGCCGAGGUGGGCGUCACGCGUGGAGUUGCGACGCGGAGGAGCCGACCAUCUCCCAUCCCGUCACAGUGACCAGUCCGGGCCUUUUUUUCUUAGCUACCUCUACUACUGGUCUGCUACUACCAUGUCUACCAUUUUGUUAUGUUUUUUGGAUUUUAUUUAAUGGUUUAUUCGGUUUCUGUGAGAAGAAACAGAUCUGCUACUUCAUGACUAGCGACUUCAGCACCUCUACUACUAUAUUUUGGAUUUUGCUGCUGCUACUAUAUUUUGGUACUUGUUGGAUAUUAUUUGAUGGCUAGUUGGGUUGGUUUGGGUUUCUUUAUGAAGAAAAAGAAGCAGCUGUGUUUUCUUCAA